AUGCUGCUGCAAAAGCUAGAUGAGAAGACCCAAACCAAAUGGGAAGAGACUGCGUCAUCGGACAGGAUACCCACAGCUGGGGAAUUCUACGAUUUCCUGGAGAAGCGAUGCCAGAAGAUGGAGAACGUGCAAUACGCUAUAGCGACACACGCUGGUAGCGCUCAGGUGGGAAAAAGCCAGUCUACACACCUUAAGAAAACCUUUGUUGCCUCUAACUCUUACGCCGACCCGUCUGGAUGCCCUUUCUGCCACUCAGCGGGCCACGGAAUAUACUCGUGCAGCAUCUUCACAAAUUUAUCUCCUUUUCUGCGUCACAAGGAAGUGAAGAAGCUGUCACUGUGUUUUAACUGCUUAAAAUCGGGUCAUCGGACUCGUGCAUGCACAGGUGGCCAGUGUAGAGUUUGCGGAAGGAGGCAUCAUACCUUGCUGCACUUCGACUCAUCUAUAUCGCAAAGCUCCCCAGCUGGUUCUCCUCCAGAACGAGCAGUACAACCAGGAGCUAUUACGCCGGUUCAGGAUUCUGCCAGCAGUGUGCCGUCUCAUGCGUCUACCUCUCUUUCUGCCCAAGGUCUCCACUCCGAUAUUGUGCUGCUGGCCACAGCUGUUGUUUUGGUGAAGAAUCUAUCUGGCGUUUUGGUUCCUUGUCGCGCUAUUCUAGAUUCAGGAUCUCAGCUUCAUCUCGUUACCUCCAGGUUCGCCCAGCAGCUUCAGCUUAGGAGAACUCAAUCGUCUGCCCUUGUUUCUGGUCUGGGCGAUACUAGCGUGCCCACUGAGGGAUCCACCGUCAGCAUUUGCAUGCAGUCUCGCACUUCGGACUAUUCGACCACACUCACUGCUCUCAUCGCACCCACAAUCACAGAUAGCCAACCAAGUCUGACAGUUAAUGUAGCCGAUUGGAACAUUCCCUCCAAUAUUCAGCUUGCCGAUCCCGCAUUCUUUAAUCCUCAGCGAGUAGAUCUCCUCAUUGGCGCGAGCAUAUUCUAUGACAUUCUCUGCGUAGGACAAAUCAAGCUCAUAGAUGGAUUGCCUCUUCUGCAGAAGACCCGACUUGGGUGGAUCGUAUCUGGUGGUGGACAGAGGGUAUCAAGCUCGUCGCUUUUGGCAACCCAAAAUUCUCCGGAUUCGGAGGAUAUAAGGAAUGCAAGGUUGGAUCGAACUCUUCGUAUGUUUUGGGAUUUUGAGAAUUGUGUGGAGGCUAGCUUGAGUACAAAAGAAGAAGUGGAUUGUGAGGCGCAUUUCGUAAGCCACUUUUCACGGUUGCCAUCAGGGGAGUACUCUGUUCGACUGCCUUUAAAGCAUGAUGCUGAUCACUUGGGAGAGUCCUAUACUCAGGCGUAUUGA